AGCAAUUGUGCAACUCUGCGUCCAUGAUGGGCCCUUCUGCAACAAUCUCAUCAUAUCAAUCGUACCAUUUUCGCUCCACUAUUUCUCGAAACCUUGCAUAAUGUCUUCUCGGGACAAUGACGUGAUAAUGGUCGCAGACGAUGGAUCCAGUCAACGACAACCCAAGUCGUUAGCAAAAGCCUGUACGGCCUGUCGGACCAAGAAGAUCCGUUGUGACGCUGCAAAGCCUGGAUGUGGAAACUGUGUCAGUCAAAAACGCGAAUGUAUCUAUCGGAGAGAAACUCCACGAAAAAGACCUACGUUUUCGCAGAUCGGUAAAUUGCAACGAGACCUGGCAACUUUCAAAGUGUUCCUGUUUACUCUCAAGAGAAGUGGUCCGGAGGAGCGGGAGAAAUUACUUAAUGCAGCUGUUGAUGAAGAUGGGGCUGUCAACUUGCUAGCGUCAACUGAGGCUGACCCUGCAGGAGAGGCUUCAUCACGAAAGGUCACAAGUCAACCUACUGAUAGAAAGGCCACUACACCAAUAGUAUCAUCAGAUGAUGAGCUAAAUAUUGCAAACUUUAUAUCCGUCGAUGAUGCUGGCACAACAAACAGCUUCGGUCCAUCGUCUGCUCUCCACAAUCCUGCAAGGAACGAUAAAGGAACCCCAUCAUCCCGCCAAUCUACAACAACAGAGCAUGUCAAGAAUGAAUUAAUAGCCAAUGCCGCCUUGCAACGGCACCUCGAGCACAGACUUACAAGACACGCAACAAUUGCUGGAGAGCCAACAGAACUUGCACUUCAUCUGCUAAACUUGCACUGGGCUCGUCAGCAUCACACUUUUCUGCUGACAUAUCGGCCAGCUGUCAUGCGAGACUUGGAGUGUUCCGGCCCAUACUGCUCUACUUUCAUGCUCAAUGCCAUAUUCGCAUGCUCUAGCAAGUUCUCUCCGCGAUCUGACGUUAGGGACGACCCAGAUGAUCCAUCCAGCGUUGGCCGUCGUUUCUUCAAGCGCUGUGAUGAGCUUCUUAGCAGCGAAAGUCUCCUCACUAGACCGCAUAUAUCAACAAUUGUGGGACUUGUCCUUCUGGGCUCGACGUAUAAUGCUCGCGGAGAGACGUCCAAAGGCUGGCUAUAUACAGGAUACGCCCUACGAAUGGUUUAUGAUCUUGGUCUUCAUCUCGAUCCCAGGCAGACUAUAGAAGAUCCUGAAGAGAUUGAGAUCCGGCGACGGGUUUUCUGGGGCGCUUUUGUCUGCGAUAAGCUCCAGAGUCUCUAUAUGGGUCGUCCAGUUGCAAUCAAUCUACGUGACUCACAAGUAUCUCGCGAAUUCCUUGACUUGUACGAGGAAAUGGAGCCAUUUUAUCCUUCAGCCUUGGCUACAGGCUCGUCCACAUCCAGGCUUGAUGAAAACAUGGGCGAUGCAAUUCCGAGACAUUCCGUUUCGACUUUUCAGCAAUUAUGUCUCCUCUCCAAGAUAAUGACGACAAUUAUCAAUCGCUUCUAUGUGGUCGGGGCCACGUUCUCAAAUGCUCAAACCGAUCUACAAAAGAUUGAGCAGGCCUUGCAGCAUUGGCGAGACAAGCUACCGUUAGAGCUAGAUUUCCAACCAUGGUUGUCAACGAGCACUGCGGUUCAAACACCCAACAUCAUGGUUCUUCACAACGUCUAUCACUCUCUUAUCAUUCUUGUCCAUCGACCAUUCAUCUCAGAUGAUCAUCUUCGAUCCACUGCCACGUCGGGACGGUCAUGGGAGCAAUGCACUGUUGCAGCCAGAUGCAUCACCAAUAUAGCCUCAGUCUACAAGUCAACCUAUGGGCUCAAUGGGGCUCCUUAUGUGCUCGCGUACACGGUGUAUGUGGCGUGCACAAUUCACGUCCGUAAUGCAGCUUCUCAGAGCCAAGCAGGUGACCAUUUAUCGAUGCUCAAGUCCAGCUUGGAGUGCCUGGAUGAACUAUGCACGGCAAAUCCUGGUGUUGCAAAACCAGCAAACAGCAUCAGACGCUUAAUUGAGGCCAAGCAAUUGAACUUGGUCACCGAAGCGCACUCUCUUAGGCAAAGUGGUAUGUCAUUUGACUUGGACAUAAUUCAGAGCACGUUUUCGGUUACUGAAUGGUCCAAUACGGGAUCUGAUAUGUUUCGCAUGGCCGAUUUUGAGUAUGGUCUACCAAUCGAUCCCUUGUUUGGUUGGAUAAAUGUCUCGACUCCAUUGCUGGAAGAAGAGACGCCAGCUUUAAGCAAUACUCAGUUACUCCAUCAACCAUAGCAGUAACGGAGAAUCACCUUGUAAAAGCAGCUAUAAGGUUCUAGGCUUGCAUCUUCCUGUAGAUGCGAGGGCUUUGCGUCGGGCACAGGAUUGGACAAGCCGACACCGGGGACAAUGACAAAGUCGCUGACAAUCUCGACCAAGCCAUAUAGGUAGUGGUAAGGCGCAAAAUUGCCAAGUUUGAUUAUCCCCUCGACAAUACCACCAUUCAAAGUCACAAUAUAGUGCGAAUCCGAGGAUAUUUCUACCUUUGUACAUCUUUUAGUCACUGCAGCUGGGAAACUUAAAAUGCUCAGCGGCGCCGCUUCUAUUUGCGGAAAGC